GGUGUCUACAACGUCGAGGCCGUGGUGAACAGUACGCCCACCAAGUCGACGCACCAAGUGCAGUUGGUGCAGAAUGGGAGUUGCAUCCAGACGAUUCAUUGCGGGAGCACGCGUGGACACUGCGUCUCCUCUGUGUUGCACUCGGUCGUGUCGAUCGCACAAAAUGACGAGUUGGCAGUCACGUGCGACUCCAGUCUGGGAGACACGUCCUACCUCUCUGCAGUUUUCAUGUGGGGCUAA